UCAGACGUCAUGCAAUUAGAAAUUGAAAAAAAGUUAUGAUGGUGCUGUAAAUUAUUUUUUUUUAUCAACUGGAAAGAACGCAGAAAAGAAAUUUGCAUGCUUCUUCACAUUUUUGUUUAAUUAAGAUUAAGAAUUUUUGGUAAAUGUUCUUGAGCUGCAAUUAAAAGGUCAUAUCGGUUUGUCGAAUACUCACGCGGAGAGGCGGAAAAAUGUUGUGGGAGUGGGGUUUUUACUUUAAGUAGGUAAGGAUCACUCUUAUCAUGUUCAGAGUAAUUUUGCUAUUCUAUUAGUAGUGAAAUAAAAUAUGAGGUUUUUCAAGUUUUGCCUCGCCAGCAUUGCAUUCUUCGUCCUUGGAUUCCUCACUGUCGACUGCUUUAAUGUUGUUGACAUCAAAGCAGAUAUUCUGAGUGCUGAAAUUGAAUUAUGGGUAAAAUCUGGAAUUCAAUCCGAUGUUUUUAAGAAGGCGAUUAAAGCUUUGGCCCUUCCAACUGCUCUUCAGAGAAAAGAUUGGAAAACUUUUGAAGGAGUUCACGCUAUCGCUGCUUGCACAAUUUGUCAAAUUUUAGUGAAAACCACUGUCACUUUGAGAAAAAGAGGCACACCUUCGGAAAAAAUUACAAAAACUAUAGCUGAGUUAUGUACGUUUCUGAAUCUACAAACUGAAGAAGUUUGCAAUGGAGUUGUCACUUUAAAUGCACCAAUAAUCUUGAAAAUUAUCGACUCAAAAGAUAAGGUUCACGCCCGAGACGUUUGUGGAGUGAUUUUGCAAAGUGAACAAUGCAGUACAGUAAGUGAUGAAUUCCAUUGGAAUAUUACAGUAGAUAAUAGUGCACCACGAAAAAAUUCAGUUUCACACAGUGACAAAACAAAAAAAAUCGUUCAAAUAACUGAUAUUCAUUAUGACCCCAAUUAUGAGGUAAAUGGAAAUGCAGGUUGUAGUGAACCAACUUGUUGUAGAGCUAGUCAAAAUUCGACAAAUAAAAAUGGCAAACUGGCUGGAUAUUGGGGCGAUUAUAAUAAUUGUGAUACCCCCUGGCAUGCCUUUGUUGAUGCUCUUAAUCAAGUCAAGAAAGCUCAUGGGGAUGCCGAACACAUUUACUUUACUGGUGACAUAAUAGAUCAUGGAGUUUGGGAAACAACGCGAGAAAGCAACACAGAAAUUUUAGUGAAAAGCUAUAAGUUGAUUCGAAAUACUUUCCCGGAUAAGAAAGUCUAUCCAAUUAUAGGAAAUCACGAGCCGCACCCACUCAAUGUUUUCGCACCUCAUGAUAUCGAAGACAAGGAACUGAGUAUUGUCUGGCUUUACGAGCUGUUGGCAAAUACGUGGAUUGAAAAUGGAUGGUUGCCAGAAUCCACACGUUCGACGAUUCUAACAGGUGGAUUCUACACAGUUUCUCCCAAAAAAGGGUUCAGAAUUAUCGCCCUUAAUAACAAUGUCUGCUACACUUACAACUGGUGGAUCUUGUACAACCCAAAAGAUCAGGACGACCAGUUAUCUUGGUUGAUGGAAACUCUUCUGCAGGCAGAAAAAGAUGGUGAAUUCGUUCAUAUUCUAGCUCACAUUCCUCCUGGAGAUAAUUCAUGCUUUGUUUCCUGGAGCAGAGAAUACAGAAAAAUCGUCAAUAGAUUUUCCCACAUAAUUUCUGCUCAAUUCAACGGACAUACUCAUAAUGAUGAAUUUCGAGUUUUUUAUAGUCCUGACAAUAAUUCCGAGAUCGUUAAUGUUGCUUGGAAUGGAGGAAGCAUCACGACUUACGCUAAUCUCAAUCCUAACUAUAAGGUCUAUGAUGUUAAUGCGAAUGAUUAUGUAGUGGAAGACUACGAAAUGUGGAUUUAUAAUUUAGAUUUUGCAAACGAAACGCCUAACAGAAAUCCUGAAUGGUUUAAAUUAUACUCUUUCAAAGAAGAAUACAAUUUAACUGAUACCACCCCAAGUUCUCUAAAUAAUUUCUUGGUCCAGAUGUCGAAAAACGAUACCAUAAUUAAACAAUAUCACAAAAACUUUGUAAAACGAGCCGAACCUGGAUUGAAAGCAGGUUGCAACGCCAAGUGUUUGAAAACAACUUUCUGCUCGAUCGUCAAAAGCGAAGUCAAAAACGAUAAAGAGUGCAAAUACUUCGAGAAUCUAAACAAUCCAUUCUACCAAAUCAUAAACAGCACAGACAUCGGAAUUUCGAUUGAAAAAGUUUUUCCCAAGAAAUUGGGAGGUAAAAUUUUUGGCUGAAUAUACUUAAUUCUAGAAAAAUUUAAAAAUUAAAGUCAAGAGUGGCAUCCAGCUUCAAAGAAGAUCUGUAGAAAAGUUUGCAGCGAGUGCAAACGUGAAGUUAUUAUCGACUAUAAAAAGGAUCUUAUUGAUCCUGUAUUAAAUUAAGCUUGUUUAUUAUUAAAACUUUUUACAGAAUUAAUAAUGC